UCCGGGUCUCUUGCCCUCCCCGCUCCAAGCCGCCGCCGCCGUCGCCUGGCUCUUCGCCGCUCCGCCAGAGGGGCAGGUGCGGAGGGGCUCCCGGUCCGGCCGCCGCCGCCCGCCCCGGGGCCCGGGGCUCCCCCUAGCGCCGUGAGGAGCCGCGGGCGGCCGAGGAGAAGCGCGGCGGAGUGCCCGAUCUCGCGGCGGAUAGAAGGACAAGGACAGAAUCACCAGCACUGGCUGAAGGUUUGCUGGCAUGGGUAAUCUCAUUAAGGUGCUAACCAGGGACAUAGACCACAAUGCAGCACAUUUUUUCUUGGACUUUGAAAGUACCUUAACAUGGGGAAUCUUCUUAAAGUUUUGACAUGCACAGACCUUGAGCAGGGGCCAAAUUUUUUCCUUGAUUUUGAAAAUGCCCAGCCUACAGAAUCUGAGAAGGAAAUAUAUAAUCAGGUGAAUGUAGUGUUAAAAGAUGCAGAAGGCAUCUUGGAGGACUUGCAGUCAUACAGAGGAGCUGGCCAUGAAAUACGAGAGGCAAUCCAGCAUCCAGCAGAUGAGAAGUUGCAAGAGAAGGCAUGGGGUGCAGUUGUGCCACUAGUAGGCAAAUUAAAGAAGUUUUAUGAAUUUUCUCAGAGGCUAGAAGCAGCAUUAAGAGGUCUUCUGGGAGCCUUGACUAGUACACCAUACUCUCCCACCCAGCAUCUAGAGCGAGAGCAGGCUCUCGCUAAACAGUUUGCAGAGAUUCUUCACUUCACACUCCGGUUUGAUGAACUCAAGAUGACAAAUCCUGCCAUACAGAAUGACUUCAGCUACUACAGGAGAACGUUGAGUCGGAUGAGAAUUAAUAAUGUCCCGGCAGAAGGAGAAAAUGAAGUAAAUAAUGAAUUGGCAAAUCGAAUGUCAUUGUUUUAUGCUGAGGCCACCCCAAUGCUGAAAACCUUAAGUGAUGCAACAACAAAAUUUGUAUCAGAGAAUAAAAAUUUACCAAUAGAAAAUACCACGGAUUGUUUAAGCACCAUGGCGAGUGUAUGCAGAGUCAUGCUGGAGACCCCGGAAUACAGAAGCAGAUUCACCAAUGAAGAGACAGUAUCAUUCUGCUUGAGGGUAAUGGUGGGUGUCAUAAUACUCUAUGACCACGUCCAUCCAGUGGGAGCAUUUGCCAAAACUUCCAAAAUUGAUAUGAAAGGUUGUAUCAAAGUUCUUAAGGACCAACCUCCUAAUAGUGUAGAAGGUCUUCUCAAUGCUCUCAGGUACACGACAAAACAUUUGAAUGAUGAGACUACCUCCAAGCAAAUUAGGUCCAUGCUGCAGUAAGCGCUGUGGAGCAAGCCCCUGCUGCAGAUGGAGCACAACAGUGUUCUUCAGUGACCGAGAAUGCAGUCUUUAGUGAUUGCCAUUAAAUCUCCUUAUUCUUGCUUUGGUUUCUUUCCUCUGUUCCUCUUCCCACUUUUUUAAUCAUGUUCUUGUUCUUAAGACUUCUUUUCUGUGCCAAAAUCAGUAAAGUUAUACUUUGAAAGGGAUUUUGUCCUUUCAAAACAGGCCAUCUAAGGCAGCUAAUUAUGCAUUGCAUUGAGGUCUCUACUGAGAAAAGUUCUGUGACUUGAACUAAAUAUUUUUAAAUGUGGAUUUUUUUUGAAAACUAAUAUUUAAUAUUGCUUCUUCUGCAUGGCAAAACUGCCUAUUCUGCUAUUUAAAACCCUCAUGAAUUUAUUUUCUACUGCCGCUUUUUCAUGUCCAGCCAAAAUGAAAUGUUUAAAUUAACUGUGUUGUACAAAUGGUACCCAACACAAACCUUUUUUAAAUUAGUAAGACUUUUGUUUAAAGUUUUAAGUUUGCAUUUUGACUUUUUUUUUGUGAGGAUGUAUGUUGUGUGUUUAACCUUUAUUAACUAACGUUAAAAACUGUGAUGUGUGCGUAGACUAUUACGUAUGCAUGUUCAUGUUCAAGAAUGGCUGUUGAUAAAAUAAAAAUCAGCUUCCUUUUUCUAA